AUUCAUCUUUUAAAUUCAGUUCUAGUAACGGGUUCGCGGCAUAAUUACUGAUUAGUGAAAUAACUUAGUGGUGCACCGCAUUUGGAAAAAUGUCGUGUAAAGAAUACUUAAUAUGUGGACAUAAACAUAGAAUGCUGAAAGAUAUUGCCAAUCGAAACCCAUACGAUAUUUUAACAGGAUUAAGGAAAAAUAUAAAUGUAACAAAAAUUUUGGUUUUCGGCAUAUUAGUCACAACUUUGCAAUUAUUUUAUAACCAAAUAACGAAUAAUGUGAAUAGAAGCUUUUUAAAAAGCAAUAACAUAAUAAUAUCAAAUAAAAGUGCUAAUUCAAAUCUCUUGAAUGUCACAGCAUCAUAUCUUAAUAUGGCAAAUGAUAAUGGAACGCAAUCGAAAUUCUUUAUCUAUACAACACAGUGUCGUAUACCGUAUGUGGAUCCUUUCUCGGAAGAUGUUCUAAAAAUUUUUAAUCCAAAAAAGUACAAGUACACCAAUUGUACAAAGGAUGAAGCUUUCAUUACAAGCAAUUACCAGCUAAAUGCAAGACAAUACAUUCUACACAUGGAUAUGGAGGCAAUAGAGAGAGCGGUGAAGCCGUUAAAUGCCAGCGCAACGGAUGUCCUUUGUUGUUAUCGGGAAAUUGUGAGAGCUGGGAGUGGCCAAAUGGCUGAUUUCACAUAUGACCUCUUAAAUUGCGUCAUAUUCCAUCAGAACUUUAUGGUGCCUCAACACAUCGAUUACAUAAUUACAGAGUGUUACCUCAGGAAGAAUACAAAAACAGCAAUACAAAAGGAUGCAUUCUCUUUCAUACAGUUGCCGAGAGCAAAUGAAUUGAAAAAUAUUACCGACUCUUUAAGUAAGAACAACUCAGCGGCACUGGAUGUGAGGAAACCUAGCAUUUUGUUGUUAGCUAUUGACUCUUUGUCGCGCAUAAAUUUGCGACGCACUAUGCCAGAGACACUUAAGUACCUGCAAAUGAAUCAAUGGUUCGAAUUGCAGGGUUAUAAUAAGAUUGGUGAUAAUACAUACCCAAAUUUAAUGCCGCUUCUCACGUCAUACAAUCAAACAAUAGCUGAUAAGAAAUGUUUGCCCAAAACUGUAGGUGGACUCAAUAAGCCAAUUUGUAAUUUUAUUUGGAACGAUUUUAAGCAAAUCGGUUAUAAAACCGCAUAUGCUGAGGAUACAACUGAGAUGAGUACUUUCAAUUAUCUCAAAAAAGGAUUCGAACAGCCACCGACCGAUUAUUAUCUACGUCCCAUGGCAAUGGCCAUUGAGAAAGAGCUGAAAGUGAUCAAUGAGGCGCGACUGCCUUACUGUGUUGGUCGCAAGCAUUAUGCAGAAUACAUCUAUGAUUAUGCAUUACAAUUUGCGAAUGCCUACCCCGAAGAACCGCUGUUCGGUUUAUUCUGGACAAAUUCCUUUAGUCAUAACGCCUUUGAUACCGAUGCAAAAAUGGAUGCAAGAAUGUUAGAAUAUUUUAAGAAAUUAAAAAGUGAUGGCAUACUGGAGCGUUCGAUUGUGAUAUUCUUUGCAGACCAUGGUAUACGUUUCGGUUCAUUACUUAUGUUAAAAUCAGGAUUUUUAGAGGAAAGACUACCGAUGAUGUUUAUAUCAAUACCGUCGUGGUAUCAGAACGAACAUCCGGAUUUUAUGAAAAACUUACAAAUAAAUCAAAAACGUUUAACCACACCCUAUGAUAUUUACGCGACCAUGAAGCAUAUACUUGAGGUGACACAGCCCGUAAAGCAAUUUCCCAUCCCCAAUUAUACUUUUCAGGGUAUUAGUAUAUUUCGUGAAAUACCUGAGAAUCGCACCUGUAAUGAUGCUGGCAUACCCGAGCAUUGGUGUACCUGUAUACCAUAUGAAGUUGUAUCCACAAGCGAUGCUGUCGCAAAGAACGUAACUGCACUGGUAUUAAAUGAAAUCAAUCAAUAUUUGGUCAAUAAGAAAAUUAGUGAUAAAUGUGCCAAAUUGAAUUUAACAAAAAUCGACAGAGCUGAAAUGAAAAUGUUCAAAGUGCCGAAUGAGUCCACAUAUCGCCUAGAAUUCGAGGUGAAUCCGGAGAAAGCGAGAUUUCGUGCAACAGCAGUUUUAAAUAUAACAACAAAUACAAUCGAAACCAAUGUUGAAGAGAUAUCUCGUCUAAAUUCAUACGAUAACACCUCCAAGUGCAUCGAUUUGAAAGAGGAGCGGAAGUAUUGCAUUUGUCGCAGUUAGUAAAUUAAAUAUUAGUGUAGGAUCUGUUAUUUAUAUUAUAUAGAAAAUGUAAAAACUAUAAAUAAUUUAGUGUUACGUAGAAAGUUACUUAUAUUAUAUUUGCACUAAAAAAUAUUUAGGUAUUUUAGAUAUUAGAGGCAAAAAGAGUUGUUUUUUAUAUUUAUUGUAUAUUAAUAGUAAAGUAAAGCUUUUUACAGUGAAUAAAAUAUUAAUUUAUAUAUAAUAAAAAGUACUCAUUUUUCAUUGGCAGCUUUUAAAAUAUUGAAACCUUUCCAUAUGUUGGACAACAUCAAAUGUCAUAACGAAAAGUGGGUUCAUAGGUUUACAAAAAUGAUGUUUUGGAAAUAUUCUCGCCGAGAUCAAAAAGAAAGUUCCGCUGAGGCAUAAAAUUAUACUCUAGUUUCACCUAAAUAACUAAAUUAUAAAUAUUAGGUCUACAACCUUUAUUUUUCGUUUUCCAAUAGAUAGCUCUAGAGUUAAGCACUAGUCGAUUAAAUCGAUUUUUUUUAUAUCGAUCUUGGACAAUUGUAUUAACAUUAACCCAACAAAAUAUUCUCGACGUUUGCGGGAAUGUCUUUAGGGUCAAGCAGUGGUCGAUUAAAUCGAUUAAAUCGUUUUAUAUCGAUCUUGAACAUUUUUGUCAACAUUAACCCAACAAAAUAUUUGUUGAAAUCUGUUUGCAUCCCAAACUUAUACUCAACUGAAAAUGUCACUUUGUGAGCGAAAUUCUCGACAUUUGCGGGAAAUUUUGCUUUUCUUUUUUAAUUCCAAGAAAAGUGCGGCUCAUCGACAUUUGUAACCGUUUUUAUAAAAAAAAACGGCAGAAGCAAAGUUGUAGACUAUUAAGAGUCAAAAUGUGUCAUUAACAGAAUAAUACUUUUUUAUAGGAAUGUAUAGGAAAUUUAUAUAUUGUA